AUGAGAGCUGACAACCAGAGCUUCCUGGGGGGUCCUCCCAGGGACUUCAUCCUCCUGGGUGUUUCUGGCAAGCCAUGGCUGGAACUCCCUCUCUUUGUGGUCCUCUUGGUGUCCUACGUUCUUGCCACAUUGGGGAACAUUGCCAUCAUCCUUGUGUCCCAGCUGGACCCCGAGCUCCACAGCCCCAUGUACUUCUUCCUCAGCCACCCUUUCUUCCUGGACCUCUGCUAUACCACCACCACAGUCCCCCAGAUGCUGGUCAACCUGGGAAGCUCCAAGAAGACCAUCAGCUACAGGGGCUGCACAGUGCAGUAUGUGGUUUUCCACUGGCUGGGAGGCACCGAGUGCAUUGUGCAGGCUGCCAUGGCUCAGGACCACUACAUGACCAUCUGUAAGCCACUGCAAAAUGCCUUCAUCAUGCACUGCCCUCUUUUUCAGCAGCCUGUGGCUGUGGCUUGGCUAAGUGGCUUUUACAACUCCCUGGUUCAGGUAGUCUUGAUGGUGCAGUUGCCUCUCUGUGAGCAGCAGGUGCUAGACAGAUUAUUCUGUGAGGUGUCAGCUAUGAUCAAACUGUCCUGUGCUGACACCACUGUGAAUGAUGCCACACUGGCCAUGCUGGUCCCCAUGGUGGUAGCCCUCUUUGCACUGGUCCCCAUGGUGCUCAUCCUGCUCUCCUAUAGCUUCAUCGUCCUGGUGGUACUCAAGAUCCAGUCUUCCAAGGCUCGGCACAAGGCUGUUGGGACCUGCUCCUCCCACCUGGCAGUGGUCUCCCUCUUCUACCUUCCUGCCAUCUACAUGUACAUGCAGCCCCCAUCCAGCUACUCCCAAGAGCAAGGCAAGUUUAUCUCCCUCUUCUACUCCAUCAUCACCCCUACCCUCAAUCCCUUCAUCUACACACUGAGGAACAAGGAUGUGAAGAGAGCUCUGAGAAAACUGCUGGCAAAGCUAUGGCGGCUCUGCAGAAGGUGA